UACGCUGAUGUGGUGGCUGUCGAAGCGUUUGUAGACGGACGACGCAGAGUCGUCUAUAUAGACCCCUUCACCAUCAGUUAUUAUAUUACAGAUUGAGUUGGGUUACAAUUGGCAUUGGCUGUGUGUGCAUGAAACGGUGUCUGUUGUAAUAGACAAUUCAACCUCGGAGCAGCUGAGAGCAGCAGGAUCGCAGCAGCAGCCCAGUCAUGCCGCUAUUCGGAUUUCUCGGCAAGAAGAAAGAGGUCCGCCAAGAUGCAGGAUUGAUUGUUGGUGUCGGUUUCAAACCGACAACCAACGACCCAGCAUCACAGGCCGGUGCAAAAUCGGGAAUUAUCAAAAAACCACCACCACCGACCAGCAGCAGCACGUCGUCAAAGACAAACAAGGAGAACAUUUCCAGCAAGAAAAGUGAACAGGCCCAGCAGACGCAACAGGCAGCACCUGUCACAGUCAACCGGAGUCAUCAGCAGACGACUCCUUAUCAGAAUAGCCCGGCAGUUCCGGCCAACCAGCAGCAGCAAAUUAAUCCUCCGCCAGUUGUUGCUGUGGAAUCCAGCCAUAGUCAAAACAACUCGGCCGUCAACCGGCCAUCCAGCAAAACCGACAAAAACAAUUUUCUCCAAGUGGAAUCUGCCCAAGCCCGAAAAAAGUCAGACUCCAGCAGACCGACGACUCUGUCAACCUCCAAUCUACAAACAGCGAAGGAUUUGGAACAAAUUUCGAGCCAUAAUAAAAAGCCUAGUCCUAGACCGAGUUCGGACUUAUCUUCGAAAAGUGGAAACAUUCAAAAGAUUUCCUCCAGCGGACCAACGAACUAUAAAGAAUAUCUGCUCGAAGCCAAAGAGAAAUUUGAAGACAGAUGGCGUCACCCACCUAACCAGGGAGAAAUAUGUUUGGAUGACUUUUAUCGGACCCGGACGUUAGCCUCUGGUAACUUUGGUCGCGUCUUACUCGUUCAACACAAAUGGAACAAGCAAUUUUACGCCAUGAAAGUUCUCGAGAAGCAAAAGGUGGUGAAGAAGAAACAGGUAGAACACACCCUGGAUGAGAAAAAGGUGCUGUCAGCCAUCAGUUUCCCUUUUGUCGUUGGAUUGGAAUUCUACUUCAAAGACAAUUCCAAUUUGUACAUGGUGCUCGAGUAUGUCCCAGGUGGUGACAUGUUUACACACCUAAGGAAACUUGGGCGAUUCAAGGAGCCUCAUGCCAGGUUUUACGCCACCCAAAUCGUCCUGGCAUUCGAAUAUCUGCACUAUUUGGGUCUCAUCUACCGAGAUUUGAAACCGGAGAACAUCAUGAUUGACACUGCCGGUUACGCCAAAGUGACAGAUUUCGGUUUCACCAAGAGAGUGUCAGAUAAGCGGACGUGGACCAUGUGCGGAACACCCGAAUAUUUAGCUCCGGAGAUCAUUCUCGUCAAGGGUUACAACAAAGCUGUCGACUGGUGGGCCCUUGGCGUUUUGAUCUUUGAAAUGGUGGCGGGACAAGCGCCGUUCAUGGCCGACCAGCCCAUUCAACUCUACGAGAAAAUCGUGGCGGGAAAGAUCCAAUAUCCGAAAAUGUUCAGCUCGGAAGUCAAGGAUCUGGUGCGCGGUCUGCUGCAGGCCGAUCUGACCAAGCGGCUGGGCAACAUGAAGAACGGCGUGGCCGACAUCAAGAGCCAAAAGUGGUUCCAGUCGACCGACUGGGUGGCCAUACACCAGAAAAAGGUCUUGGCGCCACUGAUUCCCAAAGUGAAGGGGGCCGGUGAUACGAGACAUUUCCAGCCCAGCGAAGAAGAUCGAGAUCUGUUCAGGACGAGUCCUGAUAACUUGCACGUCGAGACGUUCAAAGAUUUCUGACGUGCUGGGAAUUUAUAUACAAUGGAGUCGUCUGACUGUCGUGCUUGUUUCAAUAUAAUGUGUGUCUGUCGAUUUGUUAUGUUUGUUCUUUUACCCCCAA